CCUCCAAUGUUAGUGUUGUUGCAACUAGAGAUCCAAAUCAAGAAUUCAAUUCAGUUGAUAUUCCAAUAAGUAUCUCUCAAUAUAUGCUCCCUGUAUUGGUCAAAAGUGAAUCUCAGAAUCUUAGAGAAAUUACUUAUUUUGAUACUGAAUAUUCCCAGUAUAAUACUUUUACUAGUUUUAAAAACAUUCUUAUGAAAAUAAGAGUUCUCUAUCCCACCAACUCAAAAUGGUUCACUUAUUUGCAUACUAACAAUAGCAUUAAACCAGGCAGAACUUUUCUCAUAUCUGGCUUUUUUAGAUAUAUAAGCUCUGAUAUGACUAUAAUGAAAACUACAGAUAUUGACUUUUUUAUUAUCUCUAAUGCUAUGAUGACAAUUGAAUUAGAAAAUAAAAUUUUCUUAUCCUCGUCUAAUUCAAAUAAUCGAUUAGAUAUUGAUCUGAUUAUUGAUAAGAUUGAAUCUAAUACUUCCAGCCUUUGA